AAUCAAAUUAGUCUUUGAUGUAAUAGAUAGCAAUGAUGUCACAGUUUUAUGUCUACUACGUCGUAGCAUUGCUGUGUUUUAAGACAGGAACAGUAGCUGGUGGUGAUGACCUGACAAGGAAAGAUAAUCAGAAAGGUGUAGAUGUUGUAGAAGCAGUAGUUGAUCUCAUCAGGAGCAACUGUAUUUUUCCUUCUGAUCAUGAGUUCCUCCGGCGCCUUGCUCUGGUGCAGUCUGACUAUGGUGAAGAUCAAAAGGCGUAUAGCAACCCGAAAUAUCAUGGAGGAAUAUGGCAGAUUGACCAAGAUAAAUACAAUAUUAUUCGCAGCUGCCCAGGAAAGAUGUCUGCAAUAUGCGACCAGAUUAAUUCAAAUUUAAGCAUCGAUUGGCGUCAUACUGACUGGGAGGAUUUGAGAAAACCUCUCUAUUCGGGACUAGCAGCUGCUCUUUAUACCAUGUACGGAUAUCAGAGUGACGUUAUACCGUCAAACAUUUAUACACAGGCCAGUAUCUGGCAAGUACUGUUCGCUCCAGGUCAAAAUACCUCUGUCUUUACAUCAAUUAAACCAUUCGUUUAUAACUGUGAUUCCAUGAAACUGGAUUUGGCUUUUAUUAUCGACGAUUCGGGAAGCAUCGGUUUUCAGAACUUUAUUAAAGUUCUAAACUUUAUGACCAAUGUAACAGAAGAUUUCCCGAUUGGAGCAGAUAAUACUAGAGUUGGUGUGGUGGUUUUCACUGGUUUGCCUGAUUUGGCGUUUGACUUUAAAACGUAUUUUACCAAGGCCGAGAUACAAUCGGCAAUAAUGAAUAUUGCAUACAUCGGUGGAGGGACCGGCACAGCUGAUGGGUUAGAUCUGGCAAGGACACGGCUAUUUAACGAGUCGGCGGGAUCGAGGAUGGACGCUACAAAAGUUGCACUUCUGAUUACUGAUGGUUAUUCCAACUCCCACACAAACACUAAAAUGGCUGCUGGGAAACUUAGAGAUUUGGGGGUAACUAUAUUCGCUAUAGGUGUAGGUGAUUCCUUCAUAGAAGAAUUAAAUGAUGUUGCUACUCCCCCUGUGUGUACCCACGUAUACAGCAUCAAUAAUUUUGAUGAUUUCCACACGAUCCUGAAUGCAAUACAGAAAGACGCAUGUACAGCACCACUGAUUGUAAAGCAGAUAGAGCAGGUUGUAAAUGGUACAAAUAGUUCAAUCCCAGUAGAAGUUAAAACUAAAGUCGAUAUUCCAAAAAACAAUACCAAUACAGGUCCUGUGAUGGCUUAUCCGAAGACAUGUAACCAAACCACUAUCAUUACGGAAACUCUUUGUGGCAUGGUGGAAUUAUUUGCAUCAUUUGAAACAAGUCAUCCGGGUAAAGCCUUCUAUGAGUAUAGUGGUGUAGCCAUCGACGGUUUGCCGUCCAUUAUGAAAAUAACAGGAGAUUCCCAAUGUCGACCAUUGUAUGUGUCCUACCAAGCCACUUCACUUCUCAUUGAAAAAUGUCAAAAUUUAACCGGUCAUUUCACAACCACUUCGGUCUCUGGGGAACAUCCAGGUAGUGAGAUUGUGUGUAGAAGAAAUGGUAAGGAGAGAAAUUGUACGAUAGCAGAUUUUCAACUGAGUAACUACAAGGAGUCUCUAUGUCCAGAUCCAUGGGGAAAUAUACCUAAUCCAUGCACUCCUAAGUCGGCUUCACAAACUAGCGCUAAACUAUUUCAUCCUCACCCUGUUGAUGUCACCAAGUUUAUUAAAUGUGACGAUCUUGGAGAGAUGUAUGUCACGCAAUGUCCGCCUGGUAAAGAAUACGACGAUGAGGUGGCCGAAUGUGGAAAGGAAGACGUCAUCAAGGUCGACGGGAAAGACAAGCAGAACCUUCCUGACAGUUUGAACCAUCUGUGUAUUGAUGAAUUGAGACCAGGCACCCAUUUCUACGCCCAUCCAACAAACAAACACCAGUAUUUGGAAUGUGACCUGUCUGGACAUGCGUGGGUUUUUGAUUGUCCAGCGAACCAUAUAUGGCAACAAGAUGGCUUAUCUUGUAUUGUAGAUCCCUUGUAUACCACUAAUCCAUGUACUUCCUUGGCUCACACCCUUGGUCAAAAUUACUUCCCCUUGCCCGAUCCCAAGAAAUAUAUAAGCUGCGACAUUCACAAUAACAUGUCUAUAAAUGAGUGUCCAUCAAACACAAAUUUCUCUGACGUACUACACAAAUGUGUUGAAGAUGCUGGAAUCAUAGGAUGAAUUUAUGUGUGUUUUGUUACAGGAGGGGGGCUGAGAUCAGGGUUCCAUUAGCUAUUAGUGGAAGAUAAAUUGAUAAAGCUCACAAUCUACACUA